AUGGGUCUUUCACCAGCUUGGUACCAGUUUCUGGUCGGCGUGUUUGCCUCUUUCGGUUCUUUCCUCUAUGGAUAUGAUUUGGGUGUGAUCGCCGAGGUUAUCGCAUGCGAUUCCUUUAUCGAUAAAUUUGCUGCGAACUCCACACAAAGCGGUUUGGUCGUUUCUAUGUUCACAACUGGUGCCUUCUUUGGCGCUGGAUUUGCCGGUCCUUCUGGUGACUACCUCGGUCGACGAAAGACAAUCUCCCUGGGAUGUUUGUUCUUCUGUUUGGGAGGAGGUCUUCAAACCGGUGCUCAGAACAUCUCGUUCUUGUAUGCUGGACGAUUCUUUGCUGGCUUUGGGGUUGGUUUCCUUACCAUGGUGAUCCCAUUGUACCAAGCCGAAAUCUGUCACCCCAAGAUCCGUGGUCGAGUCACAGCACUGCAGCAAUUCAUGCUUGGAGUGGGCGCUCUUUGCGCCUCCUGGAUUUCCUACGGAACAUACAUUGGAUUUGCUCCUACGGAUGACGCCCAAUGGCAACUUCCCUUGGGACUUCAGAUGCUUCCUGCUGUGAUUCUGGGUCUGUUGAUCAUGAUCUUCCCCGAGUCUCCUCGUUGGCUUAUCGACCAUGGUCAAGCCGAUUUGGGCCUCAAAACUCUUGCUAGGCUGCACGCUAAUGGUGAUGAGAAUGAUGCCUGGGUUCAAGCCGAGUACGCUCAAAUCCAGGAGAGCAUUACUUACGAGCACGAGCAUGAGGCCAAGUCGUAUGGCGAGUUGUUCAAGAAUCGGUCUUCAUUCCGCCGUCUGUUCCUUUGCUGUGCCCUGCAAGCUUCCGUUCAGAUGACAGGUGUUUCCGCUAUCCAGUACUACUCCGUGACAAUUUAUGAGCAGAUCGGUAUCUCCGGUGAAGCCACCCUCCGCUACCAGGCUAUCAAUUCCAUUAUCGCCCUAGUUGCCCAAUUCCUCUGCAUCCUCUUCAUUGAUCGAUUUGGUCGUCGCUGGACACUCAUUGGAGGAAACCUCGGUAACUGUCUGACCUUCAUCAUUGCAACGAUCUUGCUUGCCAAAUUCCCUCCUACAACCAAUAGCACUGGUGCUCACUGGGGCUUCAUCAUCAUGACCUGGCUGUACAACUUCUCAUUCAGCGCAACCUGCGGUCCUCUGUCAUGGAUCAUUCCAGCCGAGGUUUUCGAUACACGAACUCGAUCCAAGGGUGUCUCGAUCGCGACUAUGACAUCGUUCGCAUUCAAUACCAUGAUCGGCCAGGUCACACCCAUUGCCAUGGAUAACAUCAAGUACAAAUAUUACUUCCUCUUCGUGAUCUGCAAUUUCACAAAUGCUCUGUUCUUCUAUGCGCUGUUGCCCGAGACGAAGAAGGUACCGCUCGAGGAGAUGAACUAUAUGUUCUCGCACGCGCCGUGGAUUGUGCCCGGUAGCAAGAAGGAGGAUUACUUGCCGCAUGAUUUGGAGCGCAAGGUUGAGGAGCAGGAGGUUAAGCAACAUGCGAUUCAUUAUGAAAAUGAAUAG